UUUCUUGCUCUUUUCCCUUCUCUCCCAGUUUCUGUCUUUUAAAUCCUUGAUUUAAAUAUCUAGAUAUAUCAUCCCUCGUUCGACUCUACUCAACAACACUUGUUUACUUUAUUUCUCCCCGCCGCAAUAAUCCGGUUUUCUAUCGCCACCGGUUCAUGACAUCAACCACAUAAGCCUUUUCAUCAUCUUGCACCUAAUUCAGUUUACAAAAAGUGGCCUGCUGUGCAUGUCCGAUCACAAUAACCCACAUUCUCAAAUAAUAUUCUCCCGGAAAAAAUACACACCACAACCAUGGCCAUCACCUCGUUGGACAUGAACCCAAAAUUCUCCGCCAGCAACCCUUCGAUGAAUAAACGAUGGCCUCCGCUGGCUGACAAGACUUCUCUCCCUUACAAACUCACCUCUCUCUCCCGUCAAAAACUCGCUCGUGAGGCUACCGCCCCGAAUCCUGAUAUCCGUCGUUGUCUCGGCCACUUUCGCCUCCACUGCUCGUCCAUGGAAUGGGCGCAGAAGGAUAUGACUACUCGCAUCAACUCGUUUGAGAUGGAGGACGACGACGAGGACGAGGAGGAAGAGGUGCAGCAGCAACAGGAAGAGAAGGAAAUCAAGGAACUUCCGUUGCUAGGAGCCGACCAUGAGGACAAGAACAAGGUCAAGGGUCGCAAGGACGAUGAAGAUGAGGAGGACUCGGACAGGAAGCCAUUGCAUGUUCGGUUUCAGAUCUCCGUGAAGCCUUCGACUACUACUACUACUACUACUACUACUACUGCCACACCUUCACAAUCCUCUUCUCCGUCGCAAUCAUCGACCUCGUCUUCUCCCUCAUCGCCGUCCGAGGCCGAGAACGCAAAGGACGGCCUCUUGGAGAAGGGCAUCAGCUGCAUCCAGAAGACACGGCAGCACUUCUGGUCAAAUCCAGGACAGUGCAUUCCAAUCCGGAUUGCCAAUUGAUCGACUGUUGAUUCUCACCUCCCCUCUCACGUCCAUCACGACACUGGCUACUUCCAACCAGUUAUCUUUCGAGCAUCAAAUCGCAUAUUGGGAAACGGGACAAAAGGCGCAAAUCGGUACGAAAACGAAAACGAUUAUAUCAGUAUAUCUCCUAAUUCGCCUUCGACUUUCGAUAUUACUACUACUACUUAUUACGAAGUUUACGACCAUUACGAAUCUCCUUAAUUAAUCUUUUUCUCACCAAAAAUACGCAUUCUCAGCUUUGGUGUUGGUGUUUCUUUAUUUCUUGGAUUGGAUUGAAUUGGAUCAUCGGAAUGGAAUGGAGGACGACGGAUACUGUCGCCUCGUGUACCUAUAGUCUGUUUGAUAGCAUUUGCUUUGAUCAAAAUUUAGCAAGCAAAAUCCUAAUAAAAUUCUAAUAACCACUCCACCAGUGC